UAACAGACAGACAGACAGAGUUACUUUCGCUUUUAUAAUAUUAGUAGGGAUGACUAGAUACACAAAGGUUAAUUAGAAUUAGCAUAAUAAACAAACUAGAGACAGAUUUCGAUUCAUUGAUAUCUAGUUUUUAUAGUAUAAGUAAUUUGUUUACAAUUGAUGAUAUUUAAAUCAGUUUUGCAAUAAAGGUAAACAAUGUUUAUUAAGUAGGUAGGUAUUAGAUGUACAGUGAUCUUCUACAACCUGAUUUUAUAGGCUUUUUGCAGGGAUUGAGUUUAUUUGUUUUUCAGGUGACUCAUGUCAAGUUUAUGUGAAUUAUUUACAAUCGCAGCAUAAACCAGUAUUUUUUUUGUCAUUCGUAAUAACUGUAAUGUAAGUUAAACUAUCAACCAUUAUUAUAUGUGUACUGUAUUAUCCAGUAAAUCACUAAUUUUUGACAAGACCGGCUGACAAAAUGAUGAAUGCUGAUGGAAUCAUUCAAGCCAAUAUGCUAGUAGCGAUUCAAGUAGGUAGUGCCAUAGCCUGAACAAAAGCAAACACAUUGCUAACCAGGUACGGGGCAAAAAUUACAUGCUAGAAAUAUAAACUACUUUUUCAAGAGCCCAGCCAGAGUACUUGGUGGAAGGUGGCAGUCAAAAAUACAUUAAUACAUCUCACACAUAAUCCGUAAUUUCCCAAUGCACUUUUCUCAGAAACGAUACGCAAUCAUCUUGGUAUUACGCUCGUGUAACGGUGCGAAGUUUUGUAAUAGAGCCAUCGAACGGGCACGGAAUAAUAAAUCAUCAGAAACUUUGGUAACUAACCUAUAUGCUACAUGGGUAAUAUUUAGUAGAGCUUUUCCAAACUGGCUCUCUUUAUCUUUGUCUAGAGUCCUCCCAAAAGGACCCAUACUCAGACUAUCAUAAUGACUGGGAUUAAGCAAGUAAAUGGUACAUACUGCCUGUUUACAUACUUAGGAUAGAUUAAAAAAAAAACGUAAAAGAAACUAGAAUAUUAUUAAAUCCAGGCUUAAUUUAUAGAAGACCCGCCGGCCCCCACUACUGGCCGGCGGAAGCCCGCUGUCGGUGUAUGAAGGAUUGUAAGGCAUUACCAUACACUGAGAUAAAAACGCGGAUGACGUAGCACGGCGGUUCUGGUUUAGUCAGUAAGAUGAUGACACUAUUCGGUCUCUCCCCGGAGAAGGCGGGUGUCCAUGAGGUUGUUUCCCGAUAUUACUUAGACACUCCAUUUACAGUCCAAUAUGUGUAUACAGUGAAAGAUAGGUCUAAGUUACAGAUUCCAUCCCCUGCAUGAAGCUACGUUGCGAUGAAGCCAUUUUUAAAGCAGGCGUUUGUGGUGAGCGGUGCGGCGCUGAACAUAGCCGGGCACGGCUGCGCUCACGGCUUCCCCGCAGUCCUGUUCGCUCAGCUCAAGAGGGAUGGCGGGCCCGUCACGUUGACAGACCAUGACACUUCCUGGAUUGCGUCCGUAGUCGGCGCGAUGGGCAUCGUGGGUAACUUCGUCUCUCCUGUAUUGAUGACCAAGUUUGGUCGUCAGCGCGCUCACCUAUUCUCCACACUCCCGGCAUUACUAGGAUGGAUCGUCUUCAUCUUCGGCAACUCCGUACCCUUGUUCAUAAUAGCACGACUCUUACAUGGUUUCGCUUUAGGUCUAAGAACACCUCUCGCUGCUAUCCUAGUCGCGGAAUACACAGAUCCGAAACACCGAGGGGCAUUUUUAGGAACCUUCGCUAUAUCCCUCGGAAUGGGGAUAUUUUUAUCGCAUUUAUGGGGAGCGCAUUUAACUUGGAAGUUUACAGCUGCAGUUUGUGCUUUAUUCCCAUUAAUAGCAAUGACAAUUAUCAGUCUAUCACCGGAAUCCCCAGGCUGGUUGGUCUCCAAAGGAAAGUAUGCCGAAGCGAGGAAGGCUUUCCGAUGGGUAAGAGGCGAAGGUCCUGAACAGCAAGAGGAAUUAGAAGCUAUGAUCAACGCUCAGAAGCAGGACAAAGCAGAUGAACGAACAGACGUAUUCGUAGAAAGCCACGUCUGUAACAAUAUCUUUAAGAAAAUCUUCGAAACCUUAAAAGAUAUUGUAAAAAUCUUUAAGAAGAAAGAGUUUUAUAAGCCUGCGAUUAUCGCUAUCAGUAUGCUGAUCGUUUUUGAGUUCGGUGGAGCUCAUAUGGUGGCAGCUUAUGGAAACAUAAUUCUCAAAGUGGUUUUGGACAAGGAAAGCCUCGACGAUGUCACUUGGCAGUUCACUGUGAUAGACUUAUUGAGGACUGUGUGUGCGUUCUUAGCUAUAUUCUUACUAAAGUGCUUUAAGCGAAGGACAAUUCUGUUCACAAGUGGUGUGAUGACUAUAUUGUCUAUGACGGCAAUCUCUGUGUUCGUGUAUCUGCGGAGAGCUGAAGUCUUCACGGCUCCGUGGAUUUUAGACACAGUUCCAAUGACCUUAAUGGUUCUGUACACUCUAUCGUUCUGUCUAGGACUGGCAGCCUUGAACUGGGUUAUAUGUGGUGAAGUUUUUCCCCUAGCGUAUAGAAGUCUAGGAUCAACUCUAUCUACAUCGUUCCUGACUCCUGCUUUCGUGGUUUCCAUGAAAUCAGCUCCCCAUCUUUAUUCUUCUAUUGGUGUUGAAGGAGCCUACUUGGUCUAUUCAGCUAUUUUAACAGUAUUUCUUACUGUAAUAUACAUUUUACUGCCUGAAACUAAAGAUAGGACAUUACAAGACAUCGAAGAUAGUUUUAAAGGGAAGAAGAAAACAAAAAGUGAUCCAGAAGCUCAAAUGAAACUUAUCAUGAAAGAGGAGGUAGUUGUUAAUUGAUAGUUCCAGAACGUAAUUCUUAAAAUUUUAGUGUAAGUUUCGAAUUACCAAAUAUAAGUACGGAAAUGCAUGGCACCUAUGUGCAUUUAUUAUAAAUUUCUGACAUUCAAAAUCGCCUGACCAGACCUCAGUAAUUUAGAAUAUAGUGAGUUACGAAACUAUGUUUUUAAAAUGUGUUGAUGGAAACCAGUGAGUACCCUAACUAUGUAUUUGACUAGUUAAUCUAAAUUGGCUGUCGAAUGGAUGUCCAUCGGAUGAGUAUUUUAUCCUUUAUCCGCGGUUUCACGCUUGUAUUUCACCAUAAGAAACAUCCUCAUAUUCUAUGUGAGGGAGAACCAGACUUCUUUUAAAUUCUUUAAUUCCUAACUAUGAAAGCCAUCUGAUAUGUCAAAAGUUUGAAAGGAUAGUAGAGUUCCAUGGGAAAUUAAAUUUGUUAUUAUUAUGUCUUUUACGCAUUUUUCCAUAUUUUUGACGGUCCUCAACUUCUCUGGACUGUUAACAAUAGUUCAAGACUAAAAUAAGCUAAAUCAGUUCAGUCGUUCUCGAGUAUUAGCGAGACUAACGAAAAGCAAUUCAUUUUUAUAAAUGGCACACGUAAAAAAACGUGCCGCCAUAAAUGAGUAUCUACACUUUUAACGACAAGUGACGAUAUUAUUCCUUGCAUUCAAUUCGUUUCGCCAUCCUUGAUGCGUAUUAUAUUUCUAUCUUUUAACUGAUAUUUAAGAUAAAAAAUACUUAUCCAACGUCUUUUAGAAAUUUACCCAUAGAGCGAAGGCAUUUCUGAAGUUUCUCUCUACUAUUUCCUACCGUUUAGUAUUCCAGUCCUAGUUAAUAGUUUAAGUUUUUAGUGAGAUUAACAGUAUAUUAGUUAGCCCUUACUAUGCAAUAGAACACAUUCCUUUAUUUGUAAUAUCUAAGUAAUUGUAAAUGACUUGUACAAAUAGAUUUAAUUUGUUAUAA